AUGCUCAACGUUCUCUCGAGCACAGCUUCGGCCGCGCUCGCGACAGUAGUAGUGGCACGCCCCUCCGCACUACACCUCAUAUUUGAGCGAUGCAAGCUGAAUCUUGUGGAAUUCACGGCUCAGGACGUAUAUCAAAUUUGCACCACCGCGUACAACAUGGACACGCUGGGCAUGCUUCAGGAUCCGGACUUCAUGCGUGGGCUUCAUGACGCCUUCCGACGCUCGGAUCAGACGGUUAUCUCCCCGUUUCAGGCGAACCUUAUCGCUGAUACCUUCCGCAAGGUGGGCAUCAACAGCAUGCCGAAGGAAGUGUCUGUGCCGGAGGAGGACGCCAUUUCCCCCGAGUCACUUAUACUAGUGCUUCGCAACAUGAACAUCACGAAGCAGCGAGAUGAGCGAAAGAUUAACGAAGUUUUAAAAUUGAUGUUUCCUAUAUUAGACGAAUUUAGUCCGACACAGCUGUCUCUCACGGUAACAGAGUUGGCGAGGCUAAAGUCUACAAAUGCCGAUUUCGUGGGUAAAUUAGCCAAACGGAUUAUGGAAUAUAACGAUGACUUAAGUGCACUUGACAUAUCGUCAGCUGCUGUAAGCCUCGCCUACUGCCCGGGAAUAUCGCAUAAUAUACUUUACCGCAUGAUGCAAAUUGUAGAGGAGAGGAUGGGGGAAUUCCAGCCAGAGGAUUACAUUAACGUUUUACACGCUCUUAACACAUUAGGGCCCAAGUUUGUGAAUACCUUCCGAAAAAUAGUGGAGUGUGGCCUGCAGCAUGUGGAAAACAUGGAUGCCGUAACGUUGACAAAUUAUAUGGUUUGUUUUUCAACAAUGGACUACAAGCAGCGUGAACACAUUGAUAUCUACGCAGAUGCGCUGGUGGAAGUUGCGACAGACCUCUCUGAAAAGGAUCUGGUGAUGGCUUUUAUCGCGCUCCAGCGACUUCGACUUCUCAGUGACACAAUGUUUGGCACCAUGGCGUCUUGUGUGAUACGUUACGCAGCGAAAAUGGACCCGCGUAACAUCGCACCUAUUAUGGACAUCUGCAGCACCGUCCCUCAUGCAUCCGAUCACCUCAUGAAGGUCCUCAUGGAUCGCGCUGUCGAGUGUACGCGCAUUCUUACAGCGAAUCAAUUAGGAGACAUUCUCGAUAUAUUGGGCCUUUACCCACCAGCACGAGAGCAUCCACUUGUACAGCUGUUCGGAAAGCAGGCUCGGCUCCGCCUGGAUUUGAUGGGCCCCGAUGCGCUCGCUAAUGCCACUCGGGGGCUGGCGAACCUUGGUUACGCGGACCCGGAGUAUUACGCUCAAGCGGCGGAGACGGGCUUUCGCUAUGGUUUCAAAGACUGGACUCUGCUGGAACCGAUGCUCAUGGGCCUCAGCAUCACAGGUCAAUGCCCACCUACCAUGGUGCGAGUGCUCGGUUCACAUAUAGCGCCAAUGGCCCGCUCAAUGAGUUUAAUGGAAAUCGAGAGGGCUAAUCGUUAUUUGAGGCGUCUCGGCUGCGAAGAUGACUUUGUUUACAAGGCGAUGGCGAGUCGUGUGUUGCAAUUUGUGAAAGAGGUUACGCCUGAAAUGCCGGAAGACCUGCAGGUCCUACUGCAGAGGGGGGCGGUUGAGCCUGGAGCUGCUCCCGGAGUUAUGUGA